UGAUGUGUGGCCAGUAGUCUAUAGAAACAUAGUACAAAUCAUCACUAUUCUCCAUCUUCUCAUUCGCAAAAUUUUCACAUUUUCUUUGCAACCUAUUCUAAACAAACGAGUAAACACUAACAAAUUUUCACCACAUUCCAUCUCAACGUGCGCAAAAUUUUCCCAUUUUGCUUUAUAACCUAUUCUAAACAACAUAUUUUCACCAUACUUUAUCUUCACAUUCGCAAAAAUUUCACAUUUCCUCUAUCGCCAGCCAUUCUAAACAAGCAGCAACAAAACAUCAACAUCAAGUCGAAGAUGUUGGUUUGACAGACAAAAUUUUGCCGUCGUCAUUUGUCGUGGAUGGUUGUGUAUUUAGUGAGACGCCUUGGGAAAUACACAAAAAAUCAUUUUGCCAAUUUCGGUGCAAAGAAAUCAAGCGAAAAAAUACCUAAAAUUGCAUUACAUAACGGUCGGAAGUGUGGAAUUGUUUUCUUCGAAAAGUGUUAAAAAUUUGGAAAUUUUAAAGAAAGUGUGUGCUUUUCUUUUUUUAAUUACGAGUGCUUAAAGGUCAACUUGAAAAUUUUUGGGUUUGAUAUGCUUCGUUUGUUCGCUGCUUCUUGUGUGUAUUGUGUGCGAAAAAAUUUGAAAAAUUCGUGAAGAAACCCCGGAACACCCAGCAAAAGUUGCAGAAAAGUUUAGAUUUUUUGCACUUUUCACCCCCCACAAAAGAAAAGAAAAAGUAAUCAAGUCCGUAAUUUCUUCCUUCGUAAUUGUGUGCAUAUUGCAGCAAAUUCAGAUUAAUGCAUUCACUACAAAAUUCCCCAAAAACUUUACUAAAAACACCAUCUACCCCUCAAAACCGUCAGACAUCUGAAACAUUUCGCCUACUCACGGAUCCACAAAAGAAGGCACACCUAGAUUUAGCAGCACCAGCAUCAUCAUCAAGCACCAAGACCUUGACACCAACACCACCACCGCCAUCAACACAUUCUCAAGGUUCUUCGCCAGUAGCAGCAGCAGCAGAAGUAGCAGCAGCAUCAACAUUAACUGUGAAAAGAUGUCCUACACCGAACUAGAGUCAGGUUACCAGGAUCUGCGUCAACAAUCUUCCCAACAAGCAGCAGCCGCGGCCGCCGCCGCUGCAGCCGUGUCAUCACAACAAUCCCAUCAUACCUCGUUAGCAGGCAGCGGCGGCAUUGAGCGUACCCAUCAACGUCCGGAAUUUUUCUUGGGUCAUGAUGGCAAUGGCGACACCGAUUUCUGUGAAAGUAAUGACGGCAUGGAUUCCGAUGCCAGUACAUCUUCAAAUACCGGCAAACAAGUGGUUGUGGGCAUUUGUGCCAUGGCCAAGAAGACACAGUCAAAGCCGAUGAAAGAGAUCUUGACACGACUGCAGGAAUUUGAAUUCAUUAAAAUGGUCAUCUUCGAGGAAGAUGUCAUUUUAAAGGAACCCGUCGAAAAUUGGCCAAUUUGUGAUUGCCUCGUUUCUUUCCAUUCCAAGGGCUUUCCCCUGGAAAAGGCCAUACAAUAUGCUCAAUUGCGUAAACCAUAUGUCCUCAACAAUCUCCACAUGCAAUAUGAUAUUCAAGAUCGUCGUCGUGUCUAUGCAAUAUUGGAAAAGGAAGGAAUUGAAAUACCACGUUAUGCGGUAUUAGAUCGUGAUUCACCAGAUCCAAAACAACAUGAAUUAAUCGAGUCCGAGGAUCAUGUUGAAGUCAAUGGUAUUAUAUUCAAUAAACCUUUUGUUGAGAAACCCGUUUCUGCUGAAGAUCAUAACAUUUACAUUUAUUAUCCAACUUCGGCGGGUGGCGGUAGUCAACGAUUAUUCCGAAAGAUCGGUAGCCGUAGCAGUGUUUAUUCACCUGAAUCUCGUGUUCGCAAAACGGGUUCAUUUAUUUAUGAAGAUUUUAUGCCCACAGAUGGUACCGACGUUAAGGUCUACACCGUUGGCCCGGACUAUGCCCAUGCUGAGGCACGGAAAAGUCCCGCACUGGAUGGGAAAGUGGAACGUGACAGCGAAGGCAAAGAGAUUCGUUAUCCGGUAAUACUUAAUCAUGCUGAGAAGCUUAUUUCACGUAAAGUUUGCUUGGCUUUCAAACAGACCGUUUGUGGAUUUGAUUUGUUAAGAGCAAAUGGCAAAUCGUUUGUGUGCGAUGUAAACGGUUUUAGUUUUGUUAAAAAUUCCAAUAAAUAUUAUGACGAUUGUGCAAAAAUAUUGGGCAAUAUGAUACUGAGAGAACUUACACCCACGCUGCACAUUCCCUGGUCGGUACCAUUUCAAUUGGAUGAUCCACCAAUUGUGCCAACAACAUUUGGUAAAAUGAUGGAACUGCGCUGUGUUGUGGCCGUAAUACGGCAUGGUGAUCGAACGCCUAAACAAAAAAUGAAAGUUGAAGUUCGGCAUCCAAAAUUCUUUGAAAUUUUUGAAAAAUAUGAUGGCUUUAAAAAUGGCCAUGUCAAAUUGAAGCGGCCCAAACAAUUGCAAGAGAUCUUAGACAUUGCCCGUUUUCUUUUGGCCGAAAUUGAGACAAAAGAUAAUCCCGAAAUUGAGGAGAAGAAAAGUAAAUUGGAACAAUUGAAAAGUGUUUUGGAAAUGUAUGGCCACUUCUCUGGCAUAAAUCGCAAAGUACAAAUGAAAUAUCAACCCAAAGGCCGGCCAAGAGGUUCCAGUUCUGAUGACGGUAAUAAUGUUAAAAAUUUAGACGCACCAUCAGAGCCAUCCUUGGUUUUGAUAUUGAAAUGGGGUGGUGAAUUGACUCCAGCUGGUCGCAUACAAGCCGAGGAGUUGGGACGUAUUUUCAGAUGUAUGUACCCAGGUGGACAAGGUCGCCAAGAUUAUUCGGGAACUCAAGGCUUGGGUUUGCUAAGAUUGCAUUCAACAUUUCGUCAUGAUUUAAAAAUCUAUGCUUCCGAUGAGGGUCGAGUUCAAAUGACAGCGGCAGCCUUUGCCAAAGGUCUUUUGGCAUUGGAAGGUGAACUUACUCCAAUUUUAGUACAAAUGGUUAAGAGUGCUAAUACUAAUGGUCUAUUGGAUAAUGAUUGUGAUUCAAGCAAAUAUCAAAAUAUGGCCAAAAAUCGUUUGCACGAACUCAUGCAAGUUGAUCGCGAAUUCACAGCUGAAGAUCGGGCCGCCAUUAAUCCCAACAAUAGCAUCUCCAUUAAUCAAGCCCUGGACUUUGUUAAGAAUCCCGUAGAAUGUUGUAAUCAUGUACACAGCUUGAUAAAAGAACUUUUGAUCAUAAUCAGCGUUAAAAAAGAUGAUCCCAAGACCAAAGAUGCCAUAUUGUAUCAUGGUGAAACAUGGGAUCUAAUGCGUUGUCGUUGGGAGAAAAUCGAAAAAGAUUUUAGUACCAAAUCGAAACUUUAUGAUAUCUCUAAAAUUCCUGAUAUUUAUGAUUGUAUCAAAUAUGAUUUGCAACACAAUCAACAUACCUUGCAAUAUGAUCAGGCUGAGGAAUUGUAUAUUUAUGCCAAAUAUCUAGCCGAUAUUGUUAUACCGCAGGAAUAUGGUUUGACAAUGCAAGAAAAACUAACCAUAGGUCAGGGUAUUUGUACACCCCUGUUGAAAAAAAUCAAAUCCGAUUUGCAGCGUAAUAUUGAAGAAGUCGAGGAUGAAUCGGUGAAUCGUUUAAAUCCUCAAUAUAGUCAUGGUGUUGCCAGCCCGGGUAGGCAUGUACGCACUCGUUUGUAUUUCACCAGUGAAAGUCAUGUCCAUUCAUUGUUGACGGUAUUACGUUAUGGGGGAUUAUUGAAUGUUCUAACCGAUGAACAAUGGCGUCGUGCCAUGGAUUAUAUUUCCAUGGUCUCCGAAUUGAAUUAUAUGUCACAAAUUGUCAUAAUGCUAUAUGAGGAUCCCACAAAAGAUCCUACAUCAGAAGAGCGAUUCCAUGUUGAGUUACACUUUAGUCCGGGUGUAAAUUGUUGUGUGCAAAAGAAUUUACCACCUGGACCAGGAUUUCGACCACAUUCACGCAAUGAUUCGGGCACAUUGAAAACAUCGACUCAUGAAGAAUGCUCAAACAAUCCCUCGCGCAUAGAUGAGGAAAAUGAUACGGAUGAAAGUCCAGUCAAAACUCAUUUGAUUUCUCCCGAUGGUUUUGAUUGUGAAAUACGACAUUCCAAGUCGAAACCCAUACCGAUUGGGUCUCAUCACACUGUGGCUGGACAUGAGGCUAUGGAUUUGGCAAAGCGUUUGAAUAAGGAAUUGGCUUCACAGCAGCAACAGCAAACCAAACAAACGGGUUCAUUGGAAGCCAAUCGGCCCAUUAGCCCUGAUGGUGAACCACGUUCUCGUAGUUUUGAGCAAAGAUCACAAAAAUCAAAAGAAUUGGACAUGGAUCUUCUACCCACCACCAACCAGCCCCCCAAUUCCUCCUCUUCUAAUCAACUAACAGAUGACCUGACCCCAGCUCACCGACCACAUCAUAUGCAUUAUCAUCACCAUAUACAUCAUCACCACCAUCAUCAUCAUUAUCACAUUCAUCCACAUGCGGGUCACUAUCGUUUAUAUAGUUUGAGUUCAAGACCCUCCACCAUCAACACCACCAGUACCACCAACACCACUAAUCCAAGUAAUUCUUCUUCUUCAAAUCUACUACUUUCUGCUUCCCAUGAUAAUGAUAUUGAUCUAAAUGAAACUAACAAUGAUGAAUUUCCCAUUUCCUCUGCUUCCUUUUUCCCCACAACAAUAACCAUAACAACGACCACAAACACGUUGCGUCCCACACCUCCUUGCAUAACCAUCAAUGACGAUCAUACACCAUACAACAACACCCAUGCCCCAUCGCCAUAUAAAAAACUUCAAAAAACCAUUUCCCUUGACUAUUCCUCCACUCCCCCCUCAAACAUUUUUGAUAAUUACAAUGACCAUGAAAAUAACGCCACCACCGACCCUAUCAUAUCCUCCAUUAUCAACAAUCCUCCUAUUACUGAUACCACUACAGAUAAUACUGUCACUUCGACAUCGUCGUCGUCAUCGGUAUCAUCCAGACGCCAAAGACACAGUAUUGCCGGCCAGAUGUCUUAUAUGAAAAUGUUGGGAUUCGGUGGUUUUAGUAAAAAGAUGACCACAAGCGCCAACAGUCUAUUCAGUACAGCGGUAAUAAGUGGCAGUUCAUCGGCUCCCAAUUUGAGAGAUAUGAUCCCGGUAUCAUCGUCGGUCUUCCCUUUAACAGUUCUGGACGGUUUUGGUGGUGUACCACCGAUACGACCCUUAGAAACAUUGCACAAUGCUUUGUCGCUCAAACAACUUGAUAAUUUUUUGGAAAAAAUGACUUCGGCACCGCUAUUCAAGACACCCACAUGCACACCCCCGAAAAAUCCCUCAACACCGCUGUCGAUGAUGACAACCAUAACGGAUGAGGAUAUUUGCUCGGCAACGGCCAGUACACCAACCAAUAACAUUUGUCGUUGUAAUGACAAUAGUAUUCUGAAUGAAAAGAAUCCGGAACGAUGUGGUUUGUGUGGAUAUCAAAUAAGGAAUGCUGUACCAGAUGCCGAGUCAACACCCGUGGCAGCUGGUGGGGAUCAACAGCAGCAGCAACAGCGUUUGCAGACAACAAAUCCAGUAGCAGCAGGGUCAAGUUUAUGGAGUAAGCAAUCGAGUAUAGCAAGUAGUAUCACCGAACCAUCUUCGCCGGCCAUAUCGGAUACAUAUUCCCAGGAGACGCCUAGCUGUGAGAUGUCAAUUAGUUUGACCAGCAAUGAGGGUGGCAAUUAUAGUCUACCACCAUCAUCGGCCACGGCGGCCAAAUUGGCACGUUUCUUUCCCCGCUUGGAUGGUGAUUUGAAUACUGUCAGUGUCUAUACGCCCAUGAAUUUGGAUAGUUUGGAUAGCAAUGAUACGGAAUUUAAUAUGGGUGCAAUUGGUGGGGGUGGUGGCGGAGGUCCGGGAGGUAAAAGUGCCUGUUUGACACCGGUUAGCUUUAAUAUGGAUUUAAGUAUUGUGGCCAACAAGGGAUCGCUGACAUUGUCCGUGGAUGGCUUUGAGGAUGAAGAUGCCACUCCCUCAGCUGCAACCACACCAUCUUUGCCCCAUGAUGAGGGACCCCAAUUGGAAAUGUGUUACUGCUGUGAGGGCCAUGCCGAAUCUGAUCAACCACCCGAUGAUGAUGCUGAACAAUCAACGGAACUCUUUAGCAGCAUGAGAAAUAAACGUUUAGAUGAAAAUGAACCCAAGGUUGCUUGCUGUUGUCACGCCGAUGAGGAGCCACCCUUAAGUGCUGGACCAACCUUUGGCGAUCCUGUACCUCCCUUGCUUAGCAUACGCAAAGCUUCCGAUACCAUUUCCCCCAAAAUACAAAAACAGAUAAGUCUCUUUGAAAGUGGCGAUAUUGACAGACAGAAAGACUAUGCGGCCUUGCAUGCCUCAAUAAAUAUACCCCAGCCCAAUAGUUUACAAUUGAAACAGGAUGCUCGCCUAAGGAAAUUUGAAAAUUUAACCCAGUCUACAUCCAAUUCAAAUUUUCCAUUCGAAAGCAAUACUUUGAAAAGAGUGCCAAAUAAUGUGGAAGAUUUUGUCGAUGUCAAUCUAACACAGUCUUGUAUAAAUCUGAAAACCUCAGAUGUGGUAGCAUCUGAUUUGGUUUCCGGUGGCGGUUCUCCCCAGCACAAGGCAUCACAAUCGGCAAUAUUUCGCCCCAUAACUAUGCCCUCGGAAAUGGGCUCAGCCAGUGGCCCGGCAAGUCCCCGCCCGGGCGCUUUAAUUGUGAAAGAGAAAUUUAUCGAACCACCCAAACGCAUUACACGCAGCUUUCAUGGCAAAACACAAUCAAUGGAUGCCGAUUUCCUCUUCAAUGAAUUCCUCUUGGUUCCCGCUCAGGCACCCAAUACACAACAGAAUUCCUCAAGCAGUGAGGCGGGUAGUUCAUCAACUUCACCGUCCACUAAUCGUCCAAAUAAACGUUUCACCACCACUAAGGUAUUGGAUGAAGCUUUACAAGAUAUAGAUAAAGUUUAGAUAUACAUAAAGAAAAGUAUACUGGAGUACGUUUGAGAGUUAUGUCAGAUUAGGCAAAAACUAUGUAGUUGUAAGUUUAAAACAAACAAAAACAGAACAAUCCAACAAAAUUAAAACUAUGAAAAUGUAUGUGUUAUGAGAAUAGCGGAUCUAAAUGAAAUUU